AGGAGGAAGAGGAGGAUGCUUCUUCCUCAUCCCAAUUCCAAUUCCACACACUCGUGUCGCUCAGCAGAGUUGGGUCGACGUUCGUUCACAAGAGCAGGAGAUAGCGGCCGAACCGAAUGCUCCUCACCCGGGAGCUGCCAAGUGACACCACGCGACUACUUGCUGUCUUUUUCACUUUUUUCACUUUUUCCUGGGAAUGUCGUUGAAGUUGUUUCAGCGCAGCAGGGCGUGAGCACUUUUCUUUCGGAACUAGCUAAACCACGGGACGGGACGACGCUGCGAAGGAAGGGGAGGGGCCGAGCCACUCGAUGUCCCCGGACCUCAUCCCGCCCCAAAACUGCGAUGGCGCGCCGCUGGGCGUGGCCGUUCCUGGUCACCGCGGCGAGCGCGCUCCUCUGCGUCUCCUGCGCCAAGAACCCAGAGUUCCACUCCGACACGCUCAUCAACAACGUGGUCCAAGACCCCCGCACGGGGCGUCUGUACGUGGGCGCCGUCAACGCCCUCUACCAGCUGUCGGCCGACCUUCUGGCGGAAGCCCGCGUGGAGACGGGACCCCGGCGGGACAACCGGCAGUGCACGCCGCCCGUGACGGACACCUGCGAGGACGCGGUCGAGACGGACAACCACAACAAGCUCCUCCUGGUGCACGGCGCCGAGGACAGGCUGGUGGUGUGCGGCAGCGUCUUCAGGGGCAUCUGCUCGCUGCGCAACCUCAGCGACGUGGAGCACGUCAUCUACUUCAGCGACAACAAAGGCGAGAAGUCGUACGUGGUGAGCACCGAGGAAAGCGUCUCGGUGGUGGGCGUCAUGUCCUACUUCACCAAGGAGAGGGACAACUUCACCGUCUUCCUGGUCGCUAAAGGCUACGGCAGCCACGACAGCACCAAGCUGAUCUCCACGCGCAUCCUGCGGGACUACGGCGAGUGGAACAUCUUCGAGAACAUCAUCGACGCCUCGGCCGUGCAGGCCAACCCCUUUGUGCUGCGCUACCUGCACAACUUCCGCUUCGCCUUUAAGGACGGCCAUUUUGUCUACUUCCUCUUCUCGCGCACGCUGGGCGUGCAGGACACCAAGAACUUCACCUUCAUCUCGCGCAUGUGCCAGGACGACCAGAGUUACUACUCGUACACGGAGCUGCCGCUCAACUGCAGCGCCGACAACCGCUUCAAUAAAGUUCAGGCCGCCUACGUGACGACGCCGGGCGAGGUUUUGGCCCAGAAUCUGACGCGGUCGGGCAAGUACGGGCACAUCCUGGCUUCCGACAAGGUUCUCUUUGUCACCUUCACUUCCGACGAAGACCCGAGCAUCUCGGCCAUGUGCAUGUACCCUCUGCGCGCCAUCAACACCAGGCUGCUGGAGAUCAUCGGCGCCUGCUACAGCAACGGCGGCCUCAUCCACGGCAGUCCGGCCGUCUACUCGCCCUACUCCACCAAGUCGGGCGGUCUGUGCAGCAGCAAUCAGCCCAAUAGGGGGGCCAAGUUCAAGUGCGGCGCCGAGUUCCUGCCGUCGCCGCUGGCCGGCAAAGCCGACGUGGCCCUGGUGGCCGAGCCCUCCCUGAUCCGCAAGGGCGUCAUGACCGCCGUGGCCGUUUCCGUGGAGAUGGGCCACGCCGUGGCCUUCCUGGGCAUGGCCAACGGAGAAGUGCUCAAGUUGCAUCUGUCGGCCCACCCGGAGCUUUACGGCCGGGCGUCCAACGAAGUGACGGGCGACAAAGUCAACAAGGACCUGCUGCUGGAUUCUCAGCUGCAGCACUUGUACAUCGCCAGCGGGAAGAAGAUGUCCAAGGUUCCCGUGCAAUCGUGCCACCUGAAGACGGACUGCCAGUCCUGCAUGUCCCUCAAGGAUCCCUACUGCGGCUGGUGUGUUUUGGAGGGAAGGUGCACCAGGCAGCACGAGUGCGGCAGGUCGUCGGUGGAGAACACGUGGCUGUGGUCGCCCAAUCAGCAGUGCGUGGAGAUUCGGGCCUUCGACCCGCUGAGCCUCAGCUGCCACAAGACGCAGCAGGUGGACAUCAGCGUUCCGGCGCUGCCCCGCCUCCGGCAGUCGGACGGGCUGCGCUGCCUCUUCAACGGGUCCUUCAGCGACGGCGUGGUGAUGGGCAGCCCGGCCGUCAUCAUCUGUUCCCUGCCGGACCCCUCGGACAUCCCGCCCACGCCUGAGCAUCAAGACCACGUGUCGAUCCCCGUGCAAAUUGUGGUGAACGACAAGAUCGUGGUGACGUCGGGACGAUAUCGCUUCUACAACUGUUCGGCGACGGUCCGGAAGAAUCCCAACACGCCGUGCAUCUCCUGCGUGACCAGCGAGUGGGGCUGCCAGUGGAACGCUCGAGAGCACCGAUGCAGCGACACGGACGGCGCGGCGGACGCCGGCCACAUCAUCAAACCUCAACAGCCGGAGCGCUGUCCUCAGUUCGAGUCUCCGGAGCCGCUGCUGAUCCCCGUGGGCUUCGAGGUCCCCAUCAGCUUCCGGGGAAGCAACCUCGACAUCUACUCGGGCCGCAAAUUCGUGAUGGGCACGGAGCUGAUGAAGGAAACGGAGGAGGAGGUGAUGCAGGAGCCCGGCUCCAACUUUCGAUUUCGAGGAUAUGAGUUUUCCUACAGCAAACGGCAGGAGGUGAACGUUUCCUUCCAUGUCAUCGAACGGGACACCAAGCGCAAGAUUGACAGCACGCUCACAGUGACGGUGUACAACUGCUCGGUGUCCCGGGCCGACUGCAGCCUGUGCAAGCACGCCGACGCCGAGUACCAUUGCGUGUGGUGCGCCGCCUCGCGGGCCUGCGUCUACCGCCACUUGUGUCCGGCGCCACCGCCCGCCUUAUGCCCCGCCCCUCAGAUUACCGACAUCGUCCCUCGCUUCGGGCCGCUCAACGGCAGCAUCUCGGUGACCAUCAGAGGUUCCAACAUGGGCAUCAAGCAGGCUGACGUCAAGCGCAUCAGCGUGGCCGGCGUGGAGUGUCGCCACCUGCCAGACAAAUAUUCCGUCUCCACCAGCGUGGUGUGCGAGAUCGGGCCGGCCAAGCGCCCGCCGCCGUCCGACCUGCCGGUGGAGUCCAGCAACAGCGGCGUGGUGGAGGUGGAGGUGGACGGAGGGCGCACGGGAAGGUCUCAGGUGGUCUUCACCUAUCGGGACCCCAAGCCGGACGCGGUGCAUCCCGCCAAAGGCCCGGCGGCCGGCGGCACCGUCAUCACCAUCGGCGGGCGAGACCUGGACACGGCCUCCCAGGAUGAUGUCACCGUCUCGGUGGGCGGAGUCCCAUGUCGAGUUCUGUCCUUCGGCGACAUCAUCACGUGUAAGACGGGAAAAUACCGCGGGCCCAAGGUUCCGUCCGACCUGCUGGCGGUGAAGGUGAACUACGGGCGCAACACCAGCAAGGAGGUGGCGGCCGCCUUCCAGUACGCCGACAACCCCAAGAUCGCCGAUUACUCGCCCAAGUCCAGCUUUGUGUGCGGCGGGCGGCGCAUCGUCGUGACGGGAAGCGGCUUCCAUCUGAUCCAGAGGGCCACGUUGAAGGUGGUGCCCGUCGCCGAUGACUUCUCGCAGGACAACGCCACCGUGGAGUUUGCGCAGGAGUCGCUGAGCAAGAACGACAGCGUGCUGGAGUUCCUGUCGCCGGCGGUGAUCUGGAGCGACAGCCGCUCGCUGCGCACCGUCCUGCUGCUGGACAACGCCGAGGAGGAGCUCAAGGCCUUCAGCUACCACCCCGACCCCACCUUCAACGAGCUCCCCAAGACCGUCCUCACCGGGACCAGCGUCAUCAUCGUCACCGGUCGAGGCUUCGCCAAGGCCAUGACGGCGCUGGAGGCGCAGGCCUUUGUCGGGGACGCUUUCUGCAACGUCAGCAUCCUUCAGGACGACAAGUUGAUCCUGGACGCGCCGUCGUCCCAGCCCCGCGCUCGAUCGAAACGCCAACGGCGAGAUGCUGCCAACGACCCUCUGGAGCUGGUGGUGAAGUUCGGUCACGGUGAGUGGGUGGUGGGCUCCGUCUACUACGCGUGGAAGGACGACAUCCCCCUGGCCAUCAUCAUCCCCGCCGUCGUGGUGCCCAUGCUGCUCUUCAUCGCCGUGUCCGUCUACUGCUACAGGAGGAAGAGCCGGCAGGCCGAGCGCGAGUACGAGAAGGUCAAGCAUCAGCUGGAGAAUUUGGAGGAGAGCGUGAGAGAUCGCUGCAAAAAGGAGUUCACAGACCUGAUGAUGGAGAUGGAGGACCAGACCAGCGAGCUGAGCGAAGCGCGCAUCCCCUUCCUGGACUACAAGACGUACACGGACCGCAACCUCUUCCUGCCCUCCAAGGACGGCGCCGCCUCGGUGCUGGCGGGACGCGUGCGCUUCCCGGAGUCCCGCCGGGCCAUCGUCACGCAGGCUCUCAACCAGUUCUCCAACCUGCUCAACAGCAAGCCCUUCCUCGUCAACUUCAUCCACACGCUGGAGAGCCAGCCGGACUUCAACGCGCGCGCCCGCGGCGAUUUCGCCUCCCUCCUGACGGUGGCGCUGCACGGCAAGCUGGUCUACUACACCGACAUCACCAGGACGCUCCUCCUGGAGCUCAUCGACGAGCACGUGAACAAUAAGAACCCCAAGCUCAUGCUCAGGAGGUCGGAGACGGUGGUGGAGAGGAUGUUGUGCAACUGGAUGUCCGUCUGUCUCUACCAGUUCCUCAGGGAUAGCGCCGGUGAGCCACUUUACAAGCUGUUGAAGGCGCUCAAGCACCAGGUGGAGAAAGGACCUGUGGACGCCAAGGUCAAGAAGGCCAAAUACACGCUCAACGACACGGGGCUGCUGGGAGACGACGUGGAGUAUUCCGUGCUGACCCUGCAGGUGCUGGUGCACGGCGAAGGUCCAGAUGUGACGCCGGUGAAGGUUCUCAACUGCGACACCAUUUCUCAGGUGAAGGAGAAGAUCAUCGAUCAAGUGUACAGGAAUCUUCCGUACUCGCAGAGGCCAAAAGUGGAGAGCGUGGCGCUCGAGUGGCGUCCCGGCUCCACGGGUCAGAUUCUGUCCGACCUCGACCUGACGUCGCAGAAGGAAGGACGCUGGAAGCGACUCAACACUCUGGCUCACUACAACGUUCGGGACAACGCCACGCUGGUUCUGUCCAAGGUUUUGCACACGCAGUCCUUCCACCAGCACCCGGACAACUCUGAAGAGCGGAACGCCCUGCUGGAGGACGACAACACCUUCCACCUGGUGCGGGCGGCCGACGAGCUGGACGAGGUCAAGUCCAAGCGAGGCAGCAUGAAGGACAAGUCCAUGACCAAAGCCAUCACGGAGAUUUACCUGACCCGCCUGCUCUCCGUCAAGGGCACGCUGCAGCAGUUUGUGGACGACUUCUUCCGCAGCGUUCUGUGCUCCAGCGCCGCCGUCCCGCCUCCCGUCAAGUACUUCUUUGACUUCCUGGACGAGCAGGCGCUGCGGCACGACAACGUGGACGAGGAGACGCUGCACAUCUGGAAGACCAACAGCCUGCCGCUGCGCUUUUGGGUGAACAUCCUGCGCAACCCCCACUUCGUCUUUGACGUGCACGUGAACGAGGUGGUGGACGCCUCGCUGCACGUCAUCGCCCAGACCUUCAUGGACGCCUGCACCAAGACCGAGCACAAACUCAGCCGGGAGUCGCCGAGCAACAAGCUGCUCUACGCCAAGGAGAUCUCCACCUACAAGAAGAUGGUGGACGAUUACUACAAAGGAAUCCGGCAGAUGGUUCCCGUCAGCGACCAGGACAUGAACACGUACCUUGCUGAGGUGUCCAGGCAACACACGGACGAGCUGAACACGCAGCUGGCUUUGCAUCAACUGUACCAGUACGCCAGCAAAUACUACGACGCGAUCAUUCGGUCCCUGGACGAAGACCCGGCCGCCCAGAACCGCCAGCUGACGCUACGACUGCAGCAGAUGGCCGCCGCCCUGGAGAACAAAGUGACGGAUCUUUGAAAAGUCCGAAGGAGAAAUCAUGAAGAAGCCACCGAGGUAUUUUGGACCCGUCGGAACUCUGCGCUGGCCCAUGUUACUUUUGAUUCUGCGUGUGAGGCGCCUGCCUGCCUUCCCAAAAAGUCACAGCAAAUUGUGGACCUUCACAAAGCAAGUGUGACGAUGCCUGGGACUGGAAAACGGAGAAACCGAAACGCGCUGUGUUGAAUCAAGACUGAAUCGUGAUCUUUUUUUUCACGUGCACUUUUGUUUCUUUUAUAUGAAUCGACUCUGUGGUACUUUUUUUUUGGUGUUAUAUCUUUGAAAUGUGACACUUUGAAGGUUUUCUUGGUCGGUUCUGAUAUUCAGACGCAUUUAGGACCUCUUGACACGCAUUUGUUCGAUUUUUUUAGGGCUGGUCGAAGCAAACUAAGUUACACGUAGCCUCAGACUUGCAAACACGCAUUUUGUGGCCACAAAAUGUCUUUCUUUUAAUUCCCUAUGUCAUAUCGUCGAGCCUCACGGACUUCUUUGAGGUGAGUGGAAUGUUGUUGUUUUCUUGCCACCAUGGAGGGAGCGCCUUCAAGUGGAGCUAGCGACCCGCUCUCGAAUGUCUUUGUGACCCGUUUGUGUACGUCGACUUAUUUUGAGGCUGUGAAUGUAAAAGAAGAAAGCGGUACAGACGUGUCUGGGUGAAGAGCAUGCUCCCACACAUGAUGGAUGGAUGGAUGGAUAUUAGAUUGUAGAUGGAACCUGUGCACCAAAUCCAGAUGACUUGUAUUUUCAUGGGCAACUUUUUUCGUGAACACAAAACAGUAUUUUCUGGCCACAAUUUGUUUAUUAGCGUAAGUGGACUAUUUUGGGUGCAAUGGCCACAAUUUGCAUUUCUUGUCAGGGGAUCCAUCCACUUUGCUCCCUGAUGAUAUGUCUUUGGAUGGGCCAAAUGGUUACAAGAUGUCUUCCACUUGUAGGCUCCAAAUCUCCAAUGAAAUAAAAAUGUUGACUGUUCAA